CGGUAUUGAAGCUGCCUCAAAAAGUUUGGGCCAGUGUGAUAUAUUUUGAGCCAAAUUUCAAACGAAUUAAGAAGAAAAAAGGAAGAAAAGAUGUCAACGUUAAACAACGAAGGUGUGACCGAAAAAGACUUGAACAGUUUAAGCCAAAAUUUAAAAGAAAUGCCAGAAAGCAUGCGUCUAUUUUCCCUGUGUUUCCGCUCACUUUAUUCAGACAACGCUGUUGGUGGUCAUAGCGAGGCUGCAGUGAAGUUUAGAAAGAUUCGAGAUGACACAAGACAAGAUGCAAUGGUGUAUUUGAAGUGCGUCCUUCCUGCAACGACAAAUUUCAUCAGGUCUGUUAAAGAAUACUUCGGGACUUACGAAGCUUUGUCGUACGAAGAAUGGUACAGGAUGUUACCAGACAUUUUAGAGGAUACGAAAGCCCACAAAGACCUCGCGCAGAUGGUGUUAGAUUUGUACGAGAAUAUCAUGGUUCCUUUAAAACAACGAGAAGACGACGCAACAACGGUCAUGAAGGAGUUCGAAGGCUUACAAAGCAAGUAUGAAGAGAUAUGUAAAGAAUACGAGGCCACAGCAAGCAGCAAAAGAAAAUGGGCAAGUGCACUUUUGUUUGUUCCUGUCGUAAAUAUGAUCGCGUGUCCUUUGUUGGGACGGGCUGCUCGUGAAAACACUGCACUGGCUGUUGCUAACAAAAUGGACGCCGAAAUCCAUGGAGGUGCGGCAAUUAUUGUGUCCCAAACCCUCAUCCCAGCACUGUCCAACUUCAUUAAUGGUCUGAAAAAAGUGGCCGGAUUCUUUCAAGUCCUCGAACAGGAAUUGAAAUCGUUUGAAACGAAAGCAGGAAAGGAUGAACCUAAAAGGUUGCAUUAUAAAUUAAUGUGUUAUUCGGCGAGAGAUAUAAAUUCUCUCUGCUGUACUUUCUUUCAAGCACUUCCGGAUGUCCGAACAGAUUUCGAGGCGCUUCCAGUUGAAGAUACUGACAAAAACUACGUGGAAAGGUGGUUGGAGAAAACGCGUGCAGAAAUUCGGAGUCAAUCGGCAUUCAAGUCUCUUGUUGGGGCUGUCUCAGGUUCGAAGGAUAUCGACGAACGAAAAUUAAGACAACCACCACCAAUACCAGCUCCCAAACCCACCCAACCGAGAUACAAGACACAAGGAAUUAAACUUCUUGGAAUGGACCCACCACCAAAACUAUCAUCAAAGGCACCAACAAAACCACCAUCAAACGCACCACCAAAACCACCAUCAAACGCACCACCAAAACCACCAAGAUCUACCACAGGAUCUACGGACAGCUAAGUGACUAAAAGAACAUGAGCUUAUUUAUACAUUUACUUAACCUCGCGGCAUUGCUAAAUGGUGCAUCAUGAUUAUAAUUUCAAAUUAACAUUAUAGUGUAUUUGAAAAGUGAGCAGACUUAACAGUAAUAUAACAUUUAACAAACAGUAUGUAUGAAAGUAGACGAAGUCCAUGCAGAAUAAAUGGAACUGAGAUAUGACAAUCAAUACCGCCAGCAUUGGUACUUUUUCAUAAAAAUAGGGUAAAAUAGUGCACAUUUUAAACGUAAACGAAAACGUCUUAUAAUGACGUCAAACGCGGAAAGUCUUAUGUUACACGAAAUUUGAUUGACUCCACAAAACUAUCGAGCCAAUCGAACUUCGUGUAACAUCAGACUUUCCGCGCUUGACGUCAUUAUGAAAAAGGUCUAUUCCACGUUUCUUCGAGAUAGUAGAGAACAACUUAUCACUUAGUAUAUUAUAGUAACGGUAGCUAUGUAAUUGUUGUACUGUAUAAUCGAUUAAAAAUA